UAUGUUUUAAAUAUCUUUUAAUGCGUUUAAUGUAAGGAAAAUUUUUCGAACGUCAAAGAAUGUGCUCAGCUGAAACUAAUAUUACGCAGCAAAUGUCAUCCUGUGAACUGAGCUAAGUAGGGUUACAAUCUUAAACAUACACGUUUAAGCCGUGCUUUCUUUUCGAGCUUGUAGGGCGUUACAGUAGGAGCCCAAUUGCCGUACUGUUAGGAAACAUUAAAAAAAAUUAAGGAGGAUGUGUGUGUGCAUGGAAGAUUUUUUUUUAUGCUGAGGAGCUUUAGCAGUAUGAGUGGCCAACGUGCUGUUCCUCCGGGCAGCAAUGGUAUUACUCCAGUCCAACAAAUGGUGGCGUCCUGCUCCGGAGCCAUCCUCACGUCUCUGUUUGUCACACCUUUGGAUGUUGUGAAGAUCAGACUUCAAGCACAGAAGAAUCCCUUCCCCAAAGGGAAAUGCUUUGUCUACUGCAAUGGACUCAUGGACCAUAUAUGUGUGUGCGAAAAUGGAAACUCCAAGGCCUGGUACAAAACCCCUGGUCACUUCAAUGGCACAGUGGACGCCUUUGUCCAGAUUGUACGCCAUGAAGGAAUAAAGGCAUUAUGGAGCGGUCUACCGCCAACCCUGGUGAUGGCAGUCCCAGCUACAGUGAUCUACUUCACCUGUUACGACCAGCUGUGUGCAGCACUCAAGGUCAGGAUGGGAGAGCGUGCUCGUGAGGCUCCUCUUCUAGCAGGUGCCAUCGCUAGAGUGGGUUCGGCAACAGUGAUCAGCCCUCUGGAGUUGAUCCGCACAAAGCUGCAGUCUCAGAAACAGUCGUACAGGGAGCUGAUGGACUGCAUCCGCUCAGCAGUAGAGAAAGAAGGCAGGCUGUCUCUGUGGCGGGGUUUGGGUCCCACUCUGCUCCGAGACGUGCCCUUCUCAGCCAUGUAUUGGUACAACUACGAGCGUAGCAAAAGUUGGCUGUGUGAACAGUACAACACCAGAGAACCCACAUUCGCCAUCACCUUCAUAUCGGGAGCGGUGUCUGGCUCUAUCGCGUCCAUUGUAACGUUACCUUUUGAUGUUGUCAAAACAAGAAGGCAGGUGGAACUUGGAGAGCUACAAGCAAAGAAUUUGUCACAUCAGGUGUCGUCCUCUACCUUAAGCGUGAUGCGCAGGAUUGUGGCACACAACGGCUUUGGUGGAUUGUUUGCAGGCUUCCUCCCCAGGCUCAUCAAAGUGGCCCCGGCCUGCGCCAUCAUGAUUAGCAGCUACGAGUUUGGAAAGGCCUUUUUCCGCAAACACAACCAGGAAAGGGUGCUCAGGCCGCUGCAGACAAGUAACACCUGAGAGUUUUCCAGUCAUUAAACACCACUAUGACUACUAGUAGACUACAUCUGGAAGCAAAAGAUCUGUGUUGCCAAAACAAGCAGAAAUGGGAAUGAAAAACAUUGACCCUUUUUUGCAUUACCAAAUAUUAGAAAUGAGCAGAAUUAAUAUUAAAGCUUUUUAUUAUAGUUUUUAUUCCUUAAUAUUCUAUGGUUUUAUCACCACUGCUGUAGAGCCUGUGCACACAACUGAAAAAUAUAUUUUUCUUUUCUUCUGUGGGUCAAAUUAGAUGCUUUUAACAGCCAGCAGAUGGCAGCAACAGUUUUGUUAAUCAUAUGUAAUUUCCCGGGUCCUUCAUGGGGCUGUGUGACUGCAGUCAUGUGCCAAUACUAAGAGAGGAUCACCCGUUUUUGCACUUCCACCCCAGUUCUCUGUAACCUUUGUGUGUGUGUGUGUGUUUCUGUGGUCACAUGGACGAACUUUACUUUCAUGGCAUCAUGGUGAGGACAUUUUGACCAAUGCUCUCAAGUUCAGCAAGAGUUGUUUGAGGGUUAAGAUUAGAAUCAGGGUAUGGGUUGGGAUUAUUUAUUUAAUGAUGGUUAAGGCUAGAGUGAUGGGGUAGGCAAUCAACAAGUGUCCUCACACCUUUAGAAAGGCGUGUGUGGGGGUGUGGGAGCGGAAAACUCACGACAGCCAAUAUUGUGCCAGUACAGUGUCAGUGUAAAGCUACGUAAGUGGGGGUUUUUUCUUCAGUUUGACAAGAGACCAUGGAAGGACUGUGAUACAUGUAAACUUUAUGAAAAUGCUAUAAUUGAAAUGUUCAGUAUUCAGACCCUACUUUCUUUGGAAAUUAUUUUCAUUCGUUGACUUUAAGCAUCAUCACCACGCUGGUUUAGCUCAGCCACACAAUAAACUAUCAGUUUCUCAC